AUGGCUACUAUCAAUAUUGUGAUUAUUGGAGCUUCUACCGUGGGCCUUACUGCAGCCCACGACUUGCUGCGCGAUGCCCAGAUUCUGAACGCUAAGGUUACUCUUAUCAACCCUUCAGCCACCUUUUAUUGGAACAUCGCUGCUCCCCGUAUCAUCGCCAAGCCAAAAGCUUUCCGAGCCGAGGAGUACCUCCUUCCAAUUAAGGAGGCAUUUGCCCAGUAUGCGACAGAGUCAUUUGAAUUUAUUCUUGGGACCGUGACUGAAAUGGAUAUCUCCAACAACACCGUAUCCGUAACCCCCAAUGACGGAGAUGUCAAGUCGGUGGCAUAUGAUCACCUCCUGAUUGGUUCCGGUGCCACUACUCCUGCCACUGUCGGUCAAGUCACUGGUUAUUCAUUCCCCUUCAAGCAUACUGGACGCGACGAUAUGAAGGAGAGUCUUGAGGCGGCCCAGAACUUGACCACGAAUGCCAAGAGCAUCGUGAUCGGUGGAGCAGGUCCAGUCGGAGUGGAGUUGGCGGGUGAACUUGCCGAGGCAGCAGCGGAGAACUCGAGCGAUCUUUCCAUCACCCUGGUCUCUGCCACAGACCGAAUUCUGCAUACGCUCAAGUCAUCUGCCAGCUCUACCGCAGAGAAUCAACUCAAGAAGAAAGGCGUUAAUGUGAUCACCUCCACCCGUGUCAUGGCAAUCGAGGCGUCAGGUGACUCUUGGGUUGUCUCCCUGGACAGUGGUGAGAAGAUCACCACCGAUAUUUACAUCCCCACCACCGGCUUCAUCCCCAACAAUAGCUUCAUCCCCGAGCCUUUGCUCGCCACCGAGGGAUGGGUUAGAGUCGACAAGGAAUUGCGUGUGCAAUCCUCAGAGAACUCGAGCGUCUUGCCGAUCUAUGCAGCUGGCGAUAUCACCACCAACUGGAUGCGCCUUGGAUUCAAGGCCGCUGAACAGGCUCGGGUUGCAGCCCAUAACAUCAAAGCGGAUAUUCUGCGCAAGGCCGACCGUAAGACCUAUGACCAGGGCGAGAGUAUCAACAUGGUCGUCCCCGUUGGUGGGACCGGUGGCAGUGGACAGAUCUUUGGUUUUGUUCCCUUCAACUUUCUCGUCAGGAUGAUCAAGGGCAAGGACUUCUUGAUAUCCAAGGCGGCAGUUACCGUGGCUGGCAAGGCUUAA